GGCACGUGUAUCAAAAUUCAAAUGUCACAGUGGUGUGUGUAUAGGUUAUGUAAAUUAUGAAACACUUCCGAAAAUCAAAAAACAAUACAAGUGUGAUUUUAUAGUUUUUUUUAAUUUUACAAUUUUACCAAUAAAAGAUAAAGAUGUCCCAUGUAAUAAAAGCAAUAACAAACACCCAAAGAUGCCCACAGUAUAAUAUUUUACGGUUUAUGUGCAGUUAUGGGAAAGAUCUGGUGAGAUCAACUGGACCUGAUUUGUUAUUACAGAACUUAAAAUGUGCAAGUACUACACACAGUGUGUUGGACAUGGUUGCCAGCCACUAUACAAUAAUGAACAGCAAACACAGUAUGCAAGCACUUAGAUCUCUAUUUGAACUAAAAAGAGAUGAAAAGGAUGGUGCUUCCAUGAAUGACAUCCUAAAAAAUCCAAAUUUUGUAAAAUUAUGCAAAAAGCUCAAAUCUCAAGCUGGUGUUAUAGAACUGAAUGAAACCAUCGAAGCUUUGAAAGUAAUGACCUAUGUUGGUGUCCCUUCUGACAGCAAAAUCAUACAAGUUUUAUUGCAACUGUUAAGACACAAUGUUAAUUAUUUAACAUUGAAUCACAUUAUGUUCCUUGACUUUUUAUUGGGACAAUAUAAAUCAUCACCUCUUGUGGAGGCUUUAAAAAUUGCACUGCCCAUGGUAUUUGAGAUUAAUUUAUCAUUAAAAUUGGACAAAUCUAAUUUAUCUCAAUUAACAGAAUGUUUGUAUUAUGCUUCGAGGCAUAAACUUUCUGAUCAAUCAGUGGAACUAUUAAUAAAAACUUUGUGCGAUUAUCCAGAUGAAUUCGAUGCCAGAUCAGCAAAAUCUAUUAUUUGGUCAAUAACUGAUAUGAAUGCAGAUGAAAUGUUCAAGCUCCCUUUAGAAAAAGCUUUAAAUGACUUAAUUGUACAUAUGGAUGAAGUAUCUUUUAUUGAUUUAGAUAAAACAGCAGGCAAACUGAUUGUAAAAUAUAGUAGCAAACACACAUUCUAUUACAAUGAAACAUUUUUUGAUAGUUGUGUGAACAACAUUAUUGACCACAAUUUGGGUUUUGAAGAAGCUAUGAUUCUUCUUAGGAAAUUUAUUAGGAUUAAUCACUGGAACAAAUAUCUGAUUGAUUACAUAUGCAAGAAAGUAGUUGAAGAUAAUAGCCUUCUGCAAUCAAACAUAGGACACAUAUACACCUUGGUAACAUCACUAUCUUCUGUGAACUACAAACCUAAUGAAUGGGAUGCUGUUAAGGAUAUUAUAAAGAGUGUUAAAAAUAUGGCUACCUAUAGGAAACGAGAUAUCCUUUGGUUGCGAUUUGGGGCGUCACUCUGCCUACUGGAUAUCUAUAAACUAGAUGUUUUAAAUAAAUGUCUUAGUGAAGAAUAUUUAAACUCAUUGUUUGAUAAGAAAUUCCUAUUUAUGUCCGACAUCGAAAAUUAUUUGUGCAUAUACCAUGCUCUGCACUUAUACAAAAAAGAUUUUAUAGAAUUGUUACCUACAAAGUAUACACCUGAAGUUUUAAUAGGGAAAAUGAGGGAAGUUACAGAGUAUCCUCUGGAAGGGGCCCUGAAAAAAGGCAUUGGAGGAGAAGAUUAUGUUUUGACGAAAAUGUAUUCUAAACUUGGUCAUGUAAUUGAUCAUGCCAUUCUCUUUAGAAAGGGAGGAUACCCAGUAGCUGUACAGCAACAAACUAAGUUUAUUGAAGACAUAGAAGUACCUCCAGAUCACUAUUUAGUCUGCAUACUUUGUAUAAAACCAAUAUUUUAUACAAUUAAUACCAAAGUACUGAGGGAGUCUGUAAAUUUGUCCAUAAAAAUGUUAGAGGAACAAGGAUACCCAGUUGUUUAUAUUAAUGCUGAAACCUGGAGUAAUUUAGAAGAAUUUGAAAAGAUUCCAUAUCUUAUGCAAAAUAUUAAAACCAAAGUUGGUAGUGAUAGUCUAUCACAAAGUGUUAAUUUAUAAGUUAUAAUAAAUUAGUUAAAAGAA